GCUAUAUUUUGGACCCGACCGGACGUGUGCUAACGGAGACUUUUGUUUAGAGCGCGUAAAAAAUUAUUAAUAAACGCGAUAGAAACGUCCAGCGUCUGCAAGAAUAACAAUUGAAAUGUCCUCCAGCUAAGGGGGCCCGCGGUAUGUGCGAGUGCGAGCGUGUCAGGGGGAAUGUGUAAAGUGUCCGAGUGCAAAGUGUGUUUAUUGUUAAAUUGCCAGCAAUUAGUGGAGCAUUAACUGCCACAAAUGAGCACAGCGGAACUGGAUGCGGACUUGGAGUCGUGUGCGCUACUGAACGCUGGUGAUACCACCGUCGAUCCUGGCAGGACACGCGCUAAGCAGCGCGUCAGUUUGAACUCGAAGCGUCGACGCAGCAGAAUGUCGCGGCGGGCGAACCUCAUUGGCAUCUGUGGCGUGGGCAGUCUGUGCAUCCUGCUGCUGAUAGCCACCACCCAGCAUCGUCCUCUCACGACGCCCUUCAACCAGGGAUCGGGCGGCGGCCCGGCGGGGGCAGCGGCCUCGCUCAGCCAGGCGGCCGCCUAUGGCGUCGAUGGAGGUCCCUCCAACAGCCUAGGCCGCAACUCCUUCUACGAACGCCUGCAGCAGCAGAUGCAGCAGCAGCCCUCGCAGACUGUCGUCUACAACCUGACAGCUACUAUAGCGGAUGUCCUGUCGGCUCAACGGUCGCGCAUCCUCACCGAAAUGGAGAACUUCGAGUACCCGCGCGGCGGGGCCGAGCGGCUCAGUGACAUGACGCCCGCCACAAACGGCACGCCCGUCCGCAGUGUGGUCGUAACCUCCUGGCGGUCGGGCUCCACCUUCCUGGGGGACAUACUCAACUCCAUUCCAGGCAACUACUACCACUACGAGCCGCUGCUCGACUUUGGCAUCAAGCAGGUUCGCGAUCCCGAUGACCAGGACCUGGCCGUCCAGAAUCUAAAGAAUCUCCUCAACUGCGACUACGCCGACAUGACGGACUACCUGAACUUCGGAAAGACGCACACAUAUCUCUUCGAGCACAACACCCGACUGUGGGACGUCUGUCGCGAGUAUCCGCGCUUCUGCUGGCGGCCCCACUUCCUCACGCGCUUCUGUCGUCUCUUCCCCAUUCAAAGCAUGAAGACGGUGCGGCUGCGCCUGGCGCAGGCCGAGAAACUGCUGGAGGACCAAAGUCUGUCCAAUGUGCGGAUUGUGCUGCUGGUGAGGGAUCCGCGCGGAACGAUGCAGUCGCGACGGCAUCGCGUGUGGUGCGCUGGCCACGAGGACUGCGAGGAUGCGCGACUGGUGUGCCAGGAUCUGCAGGACGACUACAAGACAGCCGAGCUGCUGCUGGAGAAGUAUCCCUCGCGUUUCAGAACCCUACGCUAUGAGGAUCUGUCGUUGAAUCCCAGUGAAAUGACCCAGGACAUACUGCAGUUCUAUGGCCUGCCGUUCGAUCCCGCUGUGGAGGAGUUCUUGGAUACGCACACCAAGGUGAACAUUGGCGGCGUCAGCUCCACAUAUCGUGAUUCCAGAUCAGCGCCAUUCCAUUGGAUGCAGGAUCUAAAGCCCGACGACAUCAAGCAAAUCCAGGAUGUUUGCGUCGAAGCCAUGGAUCUGUGGGGCUAUCGACGCAUCGACAGCUUCAGCAACUUCUCCAGCCUCCAGCAGACCUUCGAUCCGAUGGUGCUGCCGCCGCCGUUCACGUGAAGCGUCCACGGCACUAGUGUUAGCUGAUCUAUCUAUAGCGAUAACUGAUAAUGAUAACUAAUUCUUCUACUUGGUACAUUUUGUUGUGAUAUCGUCGUGUUGAGCGAGCAAAAAGAAAAAUAGGCAAAGAGCGGAAGGAACGGAAGGAGCGUAAGGAGGGAAGAGGAAAAGCGAGGAGGGAUUAAGGGAGGAGAACGCAUUGUGGAAACUCGAUUCAUAGCUGGCACAUUUUUGCAAGACACGCAAACACACUUAACUGAGCAAUAGUUAUUACAAAUAUAUACUGAAUAUACAAUAUGAAAUGCAUAAUUUUAGUAAUUGGCGAAUUUUGUGUAGAGCGUAAUAGCGUAAAGCGUAACAGCGUAACAGUCGAAUAUCAGAUUUACAUUUAGGCCUAGCAUUUAAGCUAACCAAUAACGGAGAAGAGAACUUAGUCUAUUUAGGGCUGCGUAUUGAGUAUUGUUUACCCGGCUUUUUGAUGUAAAUUAUUUAGGCAAUGAACUUUUGUAAUUCAGCUUGACAAGUGCAUAGAGAAUCCAGUGAUUUAGCGUCUAACACAAACACAAACGUAUCUAAACGUAUCAGCAUCGGUCGGUAACUAACUACAAAAAAAACAGAUCGGUUCAGCUCAGUCCUGUUCUGUUCUGGAGAGUAGACAGGAACUGUAUUAUACAACAACUGUUUGGCAACACACAAAAAUUGUGCAAUAUUAUAAUCAAAACGUAACUCACGCUAAAACCAAUUUAGACACGAAUUUCCUUAACUGAUCAAAUGAAAUCGAAACAAGAGCAAUGGGCACUCGACUCCUAAGCAUAAGUUUCCCUAGGCGUACAAUAUAUUAUUUUUAUGGUUAUUUAGUUGUAAUUGUAAUUAAAUUGUACUAUACUUUACUUGUCCUUAAUGUCUACAACUAAGUUCGAUUCGUUUUCCUUUUCAAAAACGAAGGCCCAGUAACGUGUGCGAUCAAAUUGGCAACAAGAAAAUGGCUACAAAUUGGAUAAUUUGAUAAACGAUAAAGAAUCCAGCAAUAUUUGCAUAACUUACACUUAUUAAGCAAAUUACCAACUGAAUAAACAAUGAAAUUUAAAAUUAA